AUGGCCGGCCCCGUGCGGCAUCCCAUUGAUCUCAAGAAGCUCGAGGACUACCUCCGGCAAAACGUGCCGGAGGUUGAGCUUCCUCUUGAGAUCAAGCAGUUCGGCUUUGGCCAGUCCAACCCGACCUACCAGCUGACCGCUCCCUCCGGUGCCCGCUAUGUCUUGCGCAAGAAGCCCCCAGGCCAGCUCGUCUCCAAGACGGCCCACAAGGUCGAGCGCGAGUACCGCAUUCUGGCCGCGCUCGGCGGCAACCCCGAGCGCGCCAAGCAGACCGGCGUCCCCGUGCCCCGUACCUACUGCCUAUGCGAGGACGCGAGCGUCAUCGGCACGCCCUUUUACGUCAUGAGCUUCCUCGACGGCCGCAUCAUCGAGGACCCGGCCAUCCCCGACGACGAAAUCCAGCACGACCCGGGCCGCCGCCGCGCCAUGUGGGCCGCCGCCGUCAAGGCGCUGGCGCGCCUGCACCGCGUCGACCCGGCGGCCGUCGGCCUGGCCAACUACGGCAAGCCCGCGGGGUUCUACAACCGCCAGAUUGCCACGUGGCAGCAGAUCUGUGCCGCCCAGGCCGGCACCAAGGACAAGGAGACGGGCGUCCCCGUCGGCGCCCUGCCGCACUUUGAGGCGACCAUGGCCUUCUUCGGCGACCCGCGCUACCAGCCCCGGGACCGCUCCACGCUGAUCCACGGCGACUACAAGAUUGACAAUAUGGUGUUUGACAAGACGUUUCCCGAGGUCAUUGGCAUCCUCGACUGGGAAAUGUCCACCCGCGGCCACCCACUGAGCGACCUGCUCAACCUCCUCACGCCCUUCCAGACCGCCCACCUGUCCGGCAAAAUCCACAACGGCCACCCGCUGUUUGUCCCCGGCAAGCUGCCCGGCCUGCCGACCCCCGAGGAGAUCACCGCCAUGUACGCUGCCGAGGCCGGCUGGACGCCCACGCCGUCCGAGCUGCGCUGGGCCGCUGCCUUUAACAUUUUCCGCCAGGCGGCCAUUUGCCAGGGCAUUGCGGCGCGUGUGGCCGGCCGCCAGGCGAGCUCGGAGAUUGCGCUGUCGUACGCCAACGCGCGGCAACCGCUGGCCGAGCUGGCCUGGACGAUGAUCCAGGAGGCGCGGGAGCUGCACGGGGCCGACGACGACGAGAAGGCCAAGUUAUAA